AUGGUGAACCUCGGGAUCCCCAAUGAAUACACGUUUUCGCCGUCACUGGCAACGCCACAUUUAACUAUCAAUCACAAUGUUGUGGACGACUUGGACUCCAGCAACGCCUUUGAAGGCCCCGAGAAGCUACUGGAAGUCUGGUUCGCUCCGAGCCCGUCUGCCUUGCCACAUGGCGUGAAGGAAUAUGGGCUCAAGUCUAUAUUGUCCGACAACUGGGUUGGCAUGCUGGACCUGGUGAACUGCAAAAUUUUGUCUGUGAUCCAUUCCGAUACGGUCGAUGCAUAUCUUCUAUCCGAGUCCAGCAUCCGCAAGAACUUCCUGUUUCCCGACAAGCAGCAGGGGCCUCAUCGAAGCUGGAAGCAAGAAGUCAAAUAUCUAGACGACAUGUUCGUGGGUGGCAGUGCCUACAUGGUGGGAAAGAUGAACGGUGACCAUUGGUAUCUUUAUAUCACCUCACCGAAAACGAAUAAGCUUUCGUCCCAGCCACCUGAAGGGGAGAAUAUCGCGAAUGGGUCGAGUCAGUCCAACAAGAUUCCUACCGGCAUCUUCGAAUAUCCUGACGACGGAGACACCGAAGUAGACGACGAAACAUUGGAAAUUUUGAUGACCGAUCUUGACCCGGAAAACGCAAAGCAGUUUUAUCUCUCGCAUGCCGGUGCUGUUGCCCGAGACAGCUUUUCUUUCAAACCCUGUCAAACCCGGUUGUCUUCGGCGGAUGGUGUUCGCAGACUAUCGGACGGGUCUAUCAGUGCAUCUGGAAUGGACGAUAUUUUUGAUGUUGAGGAUCUUCAUGAUACUGGUGGCACGCUCACGCCUACGAGCGAGCAGGAGAAUGUCGAUAUCGAAACUACGGAAGGACAUGCGCUGGGUACUGUGGUAUCCGAUAGCUGUGGUCUGUCUGGUGUCUAUCCUUCGUCUGUCUACCCAGAUGCUCGCAUUGAUGCGUACAUGUUCGCACCCUGCGGCUUUUCCGCGAACGGUGUCAUACCUGCACCAGUGCAAAGCAAGCAGGCGAGCGACAACGGCGGCAAUUCACCGAGCCGGGCAAACCAUUAUUUCACGGUGCAUGUGACGCCGGAGCCCAACUGCUCCUUUGCCUCAUUUGAGACAAAUGUUCCCGGGGGGCAGAACGGAAGGCAGACGGCCGACAUUGUCAAGCACGUCGUUGAUAUUUUCCGUCCGGGCCGGUUCAGUGUCACGCUGUUCGAAGCUAAACACAUAGCCAAAGAUCAGUACUUCCUGGCCGAUGACAGCAGCCGACAGGGUCGCACAACGGUCGGCAAACCUCGCUUGGAGCGCAUCCCGGGCUACCGCCGUAUUGACCGUAUCGUGCACGACUUUGAAGACUAUGAUCUGAUUUUCCGGUUCUAUGAGCGAGAAGAUUGGGUUGGCGAUGGUGAGGCGAGAGUUGGCGAAAACUAA